CAUGCGAGUGCUGGCAAUCGACCCUCGCUUCGCCGGCUCGUGUCACGACGCAUACGUAUGGCGUGGCUCAGCCCUUCGGAGCAUUUUCGCCGACACCCAGAUCGUCCACAGAGGAGAGUUUCUCCUUGGCGACAGUGCAUACCCACUGGAGCCGUGGCUCAUCACGCCGGUUCCGGGACAUCCCGCGCUAUCGUCUCCGGAGGGCCGUUUUAAUCAAGCUCACGCGUCGAUGAGGUCUGUGGUGGAGCGCUGCAUCGGCCUUAUGAAGAGUCGGUUCCGCUGCUUGCAGCGUUAUCGUGCGCUGCAGUACUGCCCCGCUGUCGCGGAAAAGAUUGUCGCGGCUUGUGCAGCGCUGCAUAAUUUAUGUGUCGACGCCAGCGAGCCGCUUCUUGACGACAGCAACAUUGCCGGUGAGGAUGACGACGACGACCAGGAAGACGUCUUGCCAAGUGAUGACGGCGGUCCGACUCGUGGCGGCAGAACGCUGUACGCAAGGGGCAAGGCCACACGGGACAGGCAAAUUGCACUGUAUGGCAUCAGCCGCAAUGCACAUUUGCUGCACAUUCAGCGAGCUCGCCGUCGAGCGCAACGUCACGCACUGGACAGCUAGAAAGUUAUGCACAAUGAGCUUACUUCCGGCACGGCGCCACAUGUGCGUCACUGUGCUCCGUGUGGUGGGACUACAGUAACGCCCAAUUUUUCUCCUUCACUGUGUUUGGGCUGCAGCAAGCAGUUUACUGCCUCUG